CUGAUGAAUAACAUAUGGGGUUUAUCAAGAAAUCAUCUUCUCUAUUGUUGUAAAGGAUUCAUGUUGAAGUGACACCAAAUUCUUACUUGAAGAUGCCAUUGGGAAAAAAUUAAACUAAAGAUUGGAAUAAAGAAGGAGAAUAAAAGGGCAAAAUCAUCUUUGCAUCAAUGUAAGUGUUUCAGAAAGAAGAAAACUGUCCACAAUCAGAGGCCAACUGCAAAGUGAUGCAACUGAGCUAAAAUCACUAGGAUACCCUUGUCUUAGCAGCAUCCUAUAUGUGUAGAGAAGGGUAGUUUAAGCUCUUUUUUUUUUUUUUUGGCUUUUGCAGUUUGACAAAAUUUUAACAAAGAAUCUAGGAAAGUGAGGAUGCACUUGGUCUCAACCCUAUAUUGAAAUGUUAAAAAGGUUAUCUUUGUCCACCCAAGUAGGGCAUCAACUAUCUUUUUGCUGGUACAUAGAAUUCUAGGAACCAAGUCACUGCUGUUCUCCAUGUUUUCAGAUUUAAGUACGGAUAUUGGAUGGUCAUGUUUUGUGAUGCCUUUUCCUUGUACCAAUUAAUCUUCAAUAUCAGCCUCGAUCAUUCUUUUUUAUUACCUUUUUUUUUUCUUUGAAAAAGAAAAGAUUCUUUUUCUUAACAUUAAAGAAGCAGAAAAGGUGUAAUGAGGCAGGUAGCCACGUUAAACCCCAGGGACAUAGAAAGCUAAUGGCAUGACAUGUUUCCAGGAAAUAGGCUUCUAAUUUAAAACCAGAGAAAAAGAACUCUAAUACAGUAGCUGAAACCCUUUUGAAACCCGAAGCUUCAAAUCAAGCCCAAGGGUCCCAAAUGCCUCCCAAAACCAUGAGACUGAUAUCUGUCUAGAGAGAAAAAUAUCUGGUGGGCAACUUUCUUGGGAAGAUAAGAAUCCAUUGUUUGAAUACAACUAUACAAGUCAAUAAAGAAGAGACAAUUAUGAUCAAUUCCAAUUAGAAAAGAAGUGGGUUUUUCUUGUAUGCCGAGCUUCAGGUAUUAAAGGUACAAGAGAAGUAUACAGGUAUAAAGCAGUCAUUGUACUUCAUUUGGCAGCUUUGAAGGCUCCUAAGUCAUACAAAGAUAGAAAGAUCAAGCAACAAAAUUUCAUUAGGCAAAACCGGCAUAAGGGGUGAGUUUGUCUUGCACCAAUGAAUCCGGCAGCUGCUGCUACCCAGAAAGAAGAGUUCAAAUUGAAGGACACAAAGCCCCAGCUAGGAGAACGAUGGCCUCAUGGAGGAAUGCGUGGCGGAGGUGGUUGGAUUAGCAGUGAAAGAGCAACAAGCACUUAUGAUCUCGUUGAACAGAUGUUUUAUCUGUAUGUCAGAGUUGUUAAAGCCAAAGAUCUGCCCCCUAAUCCUGUUACCGGAAAUAUUGAUCCUUAUGUCGAAGUGAAGCUGGGGAACUAUAAAGGAAAAACACAGCAUUUUGAGAAGAAAACAAACCCGGAAUGGAAACAAGUCUUUGCAUUCUCAAAGGAGAAGAUACAGUCUUCAAUUCUAGAGGUCUUUGUCAGAGACAGAGAGAUUGUUGGCAGAGAUGAUUUUAUAGGAAGGGUAAUCUUCGACAUGAAUGAAGUGCCUACAAGGGUUCCACCUGAUAGCCCUUUGGCACCACAAUGGUAUAGAUUAGAAGACCGUCGAGGGGAUAGCAAGGUGAAAGGAGAGGUCAUGCUUGCGGUCUGGAUGGGAACACAAGCUGAUGAAGCUUUUCCAGAAGCCUGGCACACAGAUGCUGCUUCAGUUCAAGGAGAGGGUGUUUUCAGCAUACGAUCAAAGGUUUAUGUCUCUCCAAAACUGUGGUACCUUAGAGUGAACGUGAUUGAAGCUCAGGAUGUGGAGCCACAUGACAGAAGCCAAUUACCACAGGCUUUUGUUAAGGCUCAAGUUGGACACCAAGUACUGAAAACUAAGCUAUGUCCCCAGAAGACGAUAAAUCCCAUGUGGAAUGAAGAUUUGAUGUUUGUAGCAGCUGAACCUUUCGAGGAGAAACUGUAUCUAACAGUUGAAAAUAAAGUGACCCCUGCAAAAGAUGAAGUUAUGGGGACGAUAAUCCAACCCCUCCGCACCUUUGAAAGCCGCUUGGAUCAUAGGCCAGUUCAUUCUAAAUGGUUCAACCUCGAAAAAUUUGGAUUCGGUGCUCUGGAGGGAGACAAGAGGCACGAACUCAAAUUUGCAGGCAGGAUUCAUCUUAGAGUUUGUCUUGAAGGAGCUUAUCAUGUGCUGGAUGAUUCAACCAUGUAUAUAAGUGAUCAAAGGCCAACUGCCAGGCAGCUUUGGAAGAAACCAAUUGGAAUCCUGGAAGUGGGCAUCUUAAGUGCUCAAGGUCUUCAGCCGAUGAAGACCAAGGAGGGCAGGGGAACCACAGAUGCUUACUGUGUGGCUAAAUAUGGGCAGAAGUGGGUGCGCACGAGAACUAUAAUUGAAAGCUUCAAUCCAAAAUGGAAUGAGCAAUAUACUUGGGAGGUCUAUGACCCUUGCACGGUGAUCACAUUGGGGGUUUUUGACAACUGCCACUUAGGUGGAAGUGAAAAACCAGCUUCAGGUAGUGGAAGUAAAAAUGAUUCCAGAAUCGGUAAGGUAAGGAUUAGACUAUCAACCCUGGAAACAGAUAAAAUUUAUACAAACUCUUACCCUCUUCUUGUUCUACAAACAUCUGGAUUGAAGAAGAUGGGGGAACUUCAGUUAGCAGUUAGGUUCACGUGCCUCUCUUUUGCAAGUAUGAUUUAUCUCUAUUGGCAUCCCUUGCUGCCAAAAAUGCAUUAUUUGCAACCUUUCACCGUAAACCAGUUAGACAGCUUGAGAUAUCAGGCCAUGAACAUUGUUGCAGUGAGGCUUGGCCGAGCUGAGCCACCACUGAGGAGAGAGGUUGUCGAGUAUAUGUUGGAUGUGGAUUCCCACAUGUGGAGCAUGAGAAGAAGCAAAGCUAACUUCUUCAGAAUUGUCUCAUUGUUUUCGGGUGUGAUAGCUAUGAGCAAGUGGCUUGGUGAAGUUUGCCACUGGAAGAAUCCUGUCACUACGAUCCUAGUACAUGUUCUGUUUUUCAUAUUGAUUUGCUAUCCAGAAUUAAUCCUGCCAACCAUCUUCUUAUACAUGUUUCUUAUUGGGAUUUGGAAUUACCGGUUCCGGCCAAGGCAUCCUCCUCACAUGGACACCAAGCUUUCAUGGGCAGAAGUAGUUCACCCAGAUGAACUAGAUGAAGAAUUCGAUACUUUCCCAACAUCCAAGGCUCAAGAUGUAGUGAGGAUGAGAUAUGACAGGCUUAGGAGUGUGGCAGGAAGAAUUCAGACAGUGGUAGGAGACAUGGCAACUCAAGGAGAAAGAUUUCUGGCUCUACUCAGUUGGAGAGACCCCAGAGCAACUAGCCUCUUCGUAAUAUUCUGCCUAUUUGCUGCAGUGGCGCUGUAUGUGACGCCAUUCAAAAUCAUGGCUUUGUUUGCAGGCUUAUUCUGGCUACGCCAUCCCAGAUUCCGGAGCAAGCUACCUUUAGUACCAAGCAAUUUCUUCAGGAGAUUGCCCUCUCGAGCUGAUAGCAUGCUCUGAAGAAUUAGAGUGUUUCACCUCCAUUGCGAUUCUUAUUCUCUUAUAAAUUUCUGUCACUACCCUCCCAAUAAAAUUUCUAUGUUCUAUUGUAUUUGUUUGUCUCAGUUUUCAUUUACUUAGUCAUUUUAAUUACAAAUUAAUGUCGACUCCAUAAACUCGAGCUUCCUGAUCUAAUUACAGUUUUAAAACCAUACAAGAUACACUAAAAGUCACAACUAAAAAACAUCCUUAUCAUUUCAAUGACAAGCAUCAGCAAAGGGAAAAAACGCAGUUGUUUCUACUUAUAUGAUUUUCGUGUAAGUAGAGAAACUCGAAUGAGAGCGUAGGAUGAGGAGCACAUAUCUUCAUACCACCGGUAACCCAGAAACAGAGAAUUGGUAAAUCAGAAAGGAGUACCAACUC